AUGUUUAUGGUCAUCCUGAAGCUAGACGGGAACCCCAUCUUGCCCCCAAUGUACACUUUUCAUACUGACCGCGAACACAGGUGGGUUUUUCCUAUAAUAAACAAAGGAAGAAAGCAAAUUCUGAAAGAAGAAGAUUUACACAAAGCCUCUCAAUAUCACACCUCACAGUAUCUUGGGGAUCUACUUCAAAAAGAAUGGAAAAAAGAAUCACAGAAAAAAAAUCCGAGCAUACUGAAAGCUGCCUUACGUUUUGUUGGUUGGAAAUACUUGAUUGUAAUACUACUUGUACUAAUUCAGGAAACAGCUUUAGUUGCAGGUCAAGCUUAUUUAGUAGGAUCGGCAGUACAUUAUUUUGAAAACAGACAAGAAUGGAAUCACUACAACGUUUAUGUUACAAUUGCAGGAUUCUUUGCUGUUACUGCGAUUUAUUUGUUUACGUAUAAUACUAAUCUGUUUAUGACAGAAUAUUAUUCAAUGAAACUGAAAAUAGCAUUCUGCACUCUUGUUUAUAAAAAGGCAAUUAGGUUAAGUUCUUCUUCUCUGGAAAAAUCAAAUGUGGGACAAAUGGUAAAUCUUCUAGCUAAUGACGUCGGCAAAUUCCAGAACAAAGUUUUCUCCGUUGCAUCUCUAUUUACAGCGCCUUUCUUUAUCAUUUUUUCGAUACUGAUGUUAUGGCAAUAUUAUGGAUGGACUAUUUUAAUAGGAUAUUUGGUAGUAUUUCUCUUCGUUCCUAUACAAUUUGCUUUGAGUAAAAUAUAUUCAAAAUUGAGAUUACAAGCAGCUAUUUUGGCAGACGAAAGAUUGAAUUUGUUGAACGAAAUGAUUGCUGAUAUGAAAUUAAUUAAAAUGUACACCUGGGAAUUGCCAUAUGCUGCAUUAAUAGAAAAAACCAGGCUGAAAGAAAUGAAAACAAUUCGAAUGUUUUUAUAUGUAAGCGGAAUAUCACACAUAUUGUCGUAUCCUAUAUCAAAAUUAUUUAUUCUCCUGUCAUUUGUCGCAAUUUUAUUAAAUGGAGGAGAAUUAAAUGCCAAAAUUGUGUUUGUCACAAUGCUUUAUUCCCUGUACGUUUUUGUCGGCAUUAUUGGUUUAUUUUCUCAAGCAAUGGGUUUUGUUGCAGAAAUAUUGGUUUCAUUGAAGAGGAUACAGGUGAUGCUAACACCAAUUCCUUCAUUGAACAAUUACAACAAAUCGUUGAUGAUUUCCAGAAUACCUACUUGA